AGCAUUAAUAGAAGAAAAAACGGCAACUCGCCGAGUACAUUGAAACGGUGGAGGAGAGAAGGGCCGCUCUGCACAAGCCUUCGCUGCAAUUACCAUUCACAUUAAUCCAUCCGUAUCAGAAAACAAAAAGAGAACUCCAUGUCCGGUAACAGCGCGCCAUCGAAAGAAAUCCCCGGCCAGUGCCCGACCCCCGUGGAACUUGGCGUGUCGGGGUGGAACAUCCUUCACUCCUCCGCUGCCGUCUACCCGUACAAGCCCUCCCAGGUGCAGCAGACGGCCAUGAAGAACUUCAUUGAGUCGUGGGCGCACGUCUAUGCAUGCAGCUGGUGCGCCUACCACAUGCGCGACUACGUCCACAAGCACCCACCGGACGUCCGUGACAAGGUCAGCGUCUCUCGCUACGUCUGCGAGCUGCACAACGAGGUGAGUGCACGCUUGGGCAAGCCCGUGUUUGACUGUGCGCCGGAGGUGGUGCUGCGCCGCUGGCACCCGGGCUAUCCCGACAAGAUGGCGGACAAGCCCACCGUGGAGGAGCAGCUCGCGAUGGCGGCGAAGAAGAAGGCCGACGCGGCGGCGGCACAGCGCCGACAGCAGGAGCAGGAGGAGCGACGCUUCAGCGAUUUUGGUCUCACGACACGUGACGGGGCGCCGCGCGAGCCGGCGGGGUGGCGUGAUGUGUCGUCAUCUGCCUCCCGUACCAACGCAGCGGGCAGUGCCGGAGAAACCAUCAACGACAGCAAUACCAAUAGCAGUAGUAACGAUAAAAAAGCCAAGCGAUGGUGGUUUUUUGGGUCGUCAGCCUUUAACGCCGCCCCUUCGCCGUCACCCCUGCCGUCCUCCGCAGAGGUGCCGUCGGCGGACUCGCCCACUGCUGCGACGGCUGCCCCGGCCGAGAGCGGCAGCGUGGCGGCCGGUUGGAAUUCGUCUCACCUCCCUUCUGCAGCGGCGCCGUCCACGCUCUCGCAGACGCCGCUCCGGAAGAAGGCGGCGGACGAUGAGACAGACGUGGACGCGGUGUUGGAGCGCCUGAAGCGGUGCCAGGUGUACUGCCCCGAGGAUGAGGAGCUGCUGAAGCAUUAA